AUGCUGUUUCAAUAUAUCUCGGGGGUCCCCUGGGCUGUGAGGGGCCCCCCUCGCUGCUUUCGUCGGCUCGCCUUCGCUUCUGUGGGGCCCCCCAGGGCUUUCCAUAGCCAGGGAAGAAGCAGAGGGGGCCCCCAGGGGGCCCCAGGGGGGCCCCCCCAGGGGGCCCCCCAGGCCCGCACUGGGGGCCCCCGCAGGAGCAAGGAGGUCCGAACAGAGGCCAGGGGCCCCCCACCCGCCUCCAAUAGGGGAAAGCCUCCAGGGGGGGCCCCCAAGGGAGGGCUUUGGGGGGCCCCUGGGGGCCCCCAAGCGUCGUACGCGCGAUUUCCUCGCCCAGAUCUCGAUGAAGCUGCACUUAAAGAAGAACAGCAAAAGGCACAGGGGGCCCCACACUGGCUGCUUGUUGAGUCGGAAGUAACGGGGCCCGGGGGCCCCCGGUGGCGACCGGGGGCCCCCAGGGGCCUCGAUGCACCACGGCAGGAAGAGGGCGACCGGGGGCCCCCAGGGGCCCCCUCAUCAGUACCCUCUUUCUUUUCUGAGGGCCGCUCUGAUUGGAGGUUGGGGAUAACAGAGGAAUUCGAUGCAGAUUGGGCAUGGCUUUCGGGGGGCCCCUGGGCUUCAGAUCCAGGGGGGCCCCUAGGGGCCCCCUCUGGUGGGGCCCCAGAGGGGGCCACCUUGGAGAGGCUUGAAGACAAACGCCUUAAGGUGUAUGUACAGGGCCUCGAUAUACCUAAGCCCAUAGCUCUUCUUAACAAGCAGCAGCUGCUGCAGACGCUCCAGCAGCCACAUAGGGCUUUAGGGCUUAAAGCAGAGCCUCAACAAAAGCAAAACACCUUCUCUGGGGGCCCCUCUGGGGGCCCCCCAAGCGGCCCCCAGAGCACUUCUUUGGGGCUAGAGACAGACAGAGGGAGUGCUUCUGCUUCGCCUUUGAUGGAGACGCUGUGCCCCGAAGCGUAUGAGGCUUUAGUAGAAAGAGCAAAGAAUAUCUUGAGGUCCUUCCAGAGGCAGCAGCUGCUGCAGUUGCUGCUGCUGCUGCAGCAACACACCCGUGCGCUGCAGCAGCAGCACCACUGCAGCCUCCAGGAAGCACGCAGUUUGUCGCUGCAGGCGAACGCUGCUGCUGCUGCUGCAGCAGCAGCAGGAGAGCACCAACAGGAGCACCACCAGCUUCUUGUAGAAGAGGCAGCAAGAGCAGCAGCAGCUGCUGCUGCUGCAGAGAGAGGCCUGAGGGCUCUGCAGCAGCAGCAGCUCUUUGAACUCAUUUUUGAUGCUGCCCUCCCCCACCUGCCGCACAUGCCGCUGGAGGAACUCGGGACCCUCGCGACGGCGUUUGCUGUUUGUGUUCCAACGAAAGGCCUCGGGGUGCUGCAGGUGGUCGCUCUGCAUGCGUUUGACCGCUGCUGCUCGGCCUUGUGGGGGCCCCCCGCUACAGCUGCUGCUGAAGAGGGGGCCCCCCAAAAGGGAGGGGCCCUGACCUUGCGGGUGCUGCAGGUGCUGCAGCCCUUCGCGCUGAGCCUGCAGCGACAGGGGGCCCUGCGGGCUCCGUUGCAUCACACUAGGGGGCCCCCAGUAGGGCCCCCCUUUGCUGCUACUGAUUUGCACGGCCCCCUUGCAGCAGCAGGAGGGGGGCCCCCAGAGACAGGGGGGGGCCUCGGGUUUGCCUCUAGGCGGCUACUAGAAGUCAUAACUAAGGAUCUGGAGGCCCCUGAGCUUUCCUCCCUUCCACGAGGCGCGCUGCUGCAGCUUCUACUUUGCUGCUGCUCCGUCGGGUCGGGGGCCUCUGCUGCUCCGCUUGCAGCAGCGCAGCAGUGCCUUGAUCUCCUCUUUAGGGGCCCCUUGGGGGGCUCCCUCUCCCCGCCAGAAGGGGGCCCCCACUCUGCAGCAGAGGGGGGCCCUCUGGCUGCAGCAGAGGGGGGCCCCCAGGGCCCCAAGUUUACCCUGGAAGAGGCCCUGUGGGUGUUGGUAAGUUGCGCGUAUCGCGAGGCUCGUGGGGGGCCCCCCGCUUGGCUGCUGCCGGUGCUGCACGAGGUGUGGGGCCCCUCAUCUGCUGCUGAGGGGUUGCUGCUGCUGCAGGGCCCUCAGGAGCUCAGGGGCCCCCCUGUCUAUGCAGAGGAAACAGCAGCGGGGGCUCUCUGUGCUGUGCGCUGCUCGCCGCCUUUGGGGGCCCCAGGGGGGCCCCAAGCAGCACUUUUAAGCAGCCAUCAGCUUCAAUAUCUCCUGCAGCAGCUAGACGCAUCUCUGCCCCCCCUAAAGGGGGGCCCUGAGGCCCCUGCGGAGGCGCUGCUGCUGCAGCAGCCCCACCUGCUGCCUGCAGCAGCAAGCAGCACUGACGGGGGGGCCCACCUCUCUGUGCGUUUCAGUGCGUGGAUGAUGCACUUAAACUGCUACCGAGAUGGGGGGCCCCAAGGGGCCACCAACCCUCCUAAACCAUUUGAUUACCUUGAGGACCCGGAGGGCCCCCAACGUGAAGUGCAGACAGCAACGGUGCCUACAGCGGGGGCCCUUGCUGCAGCAGAGGCGCUUGCGUGGGCCCUCUCGAGGCUGCUGCAGCAGCAGCGGCAACAACAGCAACAGCAACAGCAGCAGCAGGAACAGCUGCCUACGUUGCAGGAGAGCAUUAAGAGGGCCCACCGGCUGCUUCUCUCUGUCGUACAUCAGGUGCGCGCUGCUGCGGCAGCGCCGCUGCUGUCUGCUUCUGCCCUCAUUCAAGGGGCGCACGCCUUGGCAGACGCAGCAGAACAUCUGAUGGGGGCCCCCGUUGGGGGCCCCUCUAGGGGCCCCCCUGUUGCUGCGGUGCAGCAGUUUGAGGCCCAGUCUGCCUUUAUGGGGCUGGAAGCAGCAGCGGGGCAUUUGCUGCUGGCUGCAUGCAGCGCGCUGCAGCGGGGGCCCCACCCUGGGGUGUCUCUGGAGGGCCUCUUGGUGGCCGUUUGCUGCUGCAUCUAUCGCUUUGCAGGGGGCAGAGCAGGUGGUGUGGGGCCCCACAGGGACCCCCAGCAAAAUGAAGGAGCUCUUUCUUCUGCUUGGGAAGCAGCAGCAGAUAAAGGAGCAGCAGCAGCACCUGCUGCUGCUGCUGCUGCUGCUGCGUUUGCAACAAGUGCAGCACGAUGUCUGCGGGAGUUCCGCUUGCUGCUGGGGGGCCCCCCUUCUUCUAGCUUGAGCUCCGUAGAAUCCCUCUCUUUAAGAACACAAGCGAAGUGGCUGGGGGCCCUGGGGGCCCUGCUGCAGUGUGAGGCUUCAUGGGGCUGUGGGCAGUCGGAGCAGCAGCAGGAGACACAGGAAGGAGGGGCCCUCAACCCAUCGGCCGCACAAAAGAAAACUGUCUCCUCUUGCGCCCUUGAGGUCCAUGAGGAGGCUGCGUCGGCUGCUUUGUAUGUGGCUGCUGCAUGGGCCCCUCUACUUAAUUCUACAAAGAACAAGAGGCAGCCAGCAGGGAAGGGGGGGCCCCCAGAGCUGCUGGCUGCGCUGCAGGGCCUCUUAAGGUGUGUGAAGCCCCUCACGGGACAGCCACGCGCCCAUGCAGAUGCAGCAGCAGCAGCAACCGAAACAGCAACUACAACUGCAGCAACAGCAGCAACGCAGGGCCUCAAUGCAGCCUUAGACCAGCUCCUUCGCGCUUCCCCCUAUGGGUCGGAACAAGAAGUUGCUGCUGCAGCUGAGCUGGCGCAGCAGCUGUUGCAGCUGCAGCAGCAGUUGCAGCGGCAGCAGCAACUGCAGCAGCUGCCGAAGGAAGGGGGGCCCCAGGGGGCCCUCUACAUGGCCAUCACAGGUAUAAGCACUGGGAAGCUGCAGCAGCUGCAGGGCCUCAGCAGCAGCUCCUCUCACCUGGGAGGCCUCCAGCAAAAGCAGAGGCAGACCUCUUUUGUGGCGAUUGAACCAGCAGCAACUUAA